GACGCUUUCACCCCUGCAGCACCCUUGUUUGGUUGGCUAGUCGUUGUUGUGUGUUUGUUGUGUUGUGUGGUCAAACAAGUCAUCUUCCCUGUCGCUGGCUUGUUGGUGUCUGGACCGUUGGCAGCAAGCACCGCCACUGUACUUCCCCCUCGCAUCACACAUUCUAUUCUGACCCUCUCCUCUUCAACUGAAGCUGAACCUGACACACUGCAACACAUUGUCAAGAAGCAAGAGUGCACGAAAGGCCGAAAAGGAGUUCACGCUGCGUGCAAGCCCAGCGCUUCACGCCCAACAAAAGAACCUUGUGCUCGUGCGAAGGAAGCACGGCAUCAUAUCUCUUGCCGCCACCCGCCAACCCAACUCCACCGUUCUUCCUCCAGCAUUGCAGUUCCUUUAAGAGCAUGGCGCACAUGCACAUGCGCGCCUUCGCAGCGUACACUCUGCUGUUAUCCCUCACGUUGACGUUGGCUGCUCACUCCAGCCAUGCGGCAGCAGCCACGUCGAUUCUUCUGACCACCAUCUCCAACGAGGCGGAAGUAGGCGAGGACAUCCUCGUCACGGUGACUGCGGCCGAUGCAAAUGGCGAUCGAGACAGGACCUUCUUCGGCAGCAUCGUCAUCGACGACACAGGCGAUGUCACGACGGCGCAGACGGUUCAGCUGCAAGUUGGGCAGGCCACAGUGCUGCUGCGCACGCUGUCCUCGAGCACCGUCACUGUAUUUGCGCGAGAUGAUUUCGGUACGGGCCUCGACAUGAACACCGCGACGCUGGAGCUGACGUGGCUCCCAGCGCCGCUUGACACCAUCAUUGUGUCGCCUCUCCCGGAUACCGCCAUCGUCAACACCACGCAACAACUGCACCUGCAAGGCAUCGACUACCUCGGAAACCUUGUGGCAGAUCCAUUCACCGUCACGCUUCGGAGCAACGCCUCCUCAUUGAGCAUGCCCUCCUCCGUAGUAAUCUCCAACGGGGAAAGGGACGUACCCAUUGUCACGACCGUGUCAGAGACAGUGCAAGUCCUUGUCAUCGCCACAGCACCAAUCCAGGGCCCCGCAGUGCAGCUCAUCACAUUCACGCCAGGGCCCACGAAGAGCAUCGUAUUUGACGACCUUGGGUUGGAUGACGUCAAGAGCCGCUUCUCCAAUCAUGCUGUUGAAGGGGACGACGUGUUCCUGACAGUGCGCGCAUUUGAUGCCUUUGGCAAUGCAGCCACGCACGAGGCGCGAGGUGCAAGCAUCGACACCAACUGCACGACGCUGACAACCACCACCACCUCUUCUUUUGGUGGGGGCGUGCUGGACAUCACCAUCCACAGCAACACGCCGCAGGUGUGCUCGAUCGAUGUGCAGCUGACCACGGGCGACGUCUCAAGCCAGCCCACGGACUCCCUCGUCGUGACGUUUUACCGCGACGCCAACUUUGAGUUUUCGUCUUGGCCCACGCAAGCUGUCGUGGGUACCAGUCAGGCAAUUGACAUUGCCGUUGUGAACCGAGCGGGCCAACUGCUUCCACUGGACACCACCGUGUACGUUGCGCUGGAUGGUGCUGCCGCUGGCGAAGGCGAUGUGAGCGUCUUUGCCGGCGAAGGCACGAUUCGAAUCCGAGACAACGUCGCUGAGCGAAUCACCCUGUCAUUUCUCGAUCGUCUGCACACCGGCAUCAGCACAUCCAACACAACCUCAAUCCUCUUCGUCGCAGACGGCCCUGUCGGUGUUGAGUUCUCGAGCGUUCCAAGCACAGUGAUUGCCGGACAGGACGUUAGAGCUGACAUCCGCGCUGUAGAUCAGUUUGAGAACACCGCCAUCCUCGACAGCACCGUCAGUCUCCAGGUAGCCAGCGCCAGCCUGGGCAGCUUCGUCGUGCCGGUUACGCUUGUGAAUGGCGUUGGUUCGGCAACAGCAACACCCACAGCAGCAGAGGUGAUCACCGUGACUCUUGACGAAACGCUUCCCGGCGGCGUUGUGGCUGCUGGACAGCAGUCACUGACUGUUAAGCCAGAUGUGUGGCACAGGACGGAGUUGGUCGCUGCACCAACGGCAGUCGCAGGCAACGCGCUAAACGUCGCCGCUCGCGCUGUCGACCAGUUCAACAACACCAUUGUCAAUGCGUCGGAUGCGUUUGUGCUCAGCGCCACCUCGAGUGUCGUGGCUCCCGUCCUUCCACAGUCUCUGUUGCUCAACAGCGGCCAGCAGGCAACGACCUUUGUGCUCACAACGGCCGGCACCUACCAGAUUGCUGCAUCCUUUGGUCUUGCCUCUUCCUUAGAUGCCACCAUUGAUGUAACUAUCCAGCCAGGCAAUGCGACACAGUUGAGCACAACUGUGAUGGGAACACCCGUUGCAGAUGGAGACACAUACGUGGUAGUAUCUGCACUCGACGCGUACGACAACUUGGUUGACUUCUUCAACAGGACACUUGCCUUGGACGUCUUUGGUCCGCAAAACACCUCGGCUCAGCUGACAGCCAUGGGUGGCCAGGCCAUGUUUCAGCUGUCGCUGACCACCGCUGGCGCGUACCGUGCAACAGGGAGUUCGCGUGGUCUUCCGUCCUCCCUCACACAGUUCUCCCUUGCACCCGGUGCCGUCACCACAAUCUCGCUCAACCCCGUUGCCAACUUCACCGUUGACGAAGCCGCAGUUCUGCGCGUGGACGCGUUGGACCAACACGGCAACCAGCAGCCGAAUGCACGCGGCCUUGCGGCAACCGUGGGCGUCGUCAACCUCGAGGCAUCCGACGGAACGGUGGUGGAGCAGACCCUCUCUGUGACCAUCCAGAAUGGCAGCGGCGUCGCUGUGUUUACCACGCCGACCCCAGGCAUCCGUCAGUUUUCCGUGCAGAACUCGCUUGGCUUUGCGGUUUCAGCACCACGCCAAGCUCUUGUUUCCCCCGGUCGCGUUCGCAGCCUCGUCAUUAUCGACCCCACCGACGGUUUCGUCAACCGGACCAUCCAAGCCGCUGUACAGGCUCGCGACCAGUACGACAACGUGGCAACGAGCGCAAACACCUCCUUCAUCUUCAAGGUGUCGCAGGCGGGUGCUUUGCUCUCCUCCACGCCAUACACCCUGCACCGCGGCCGUGCGUUUGCAAACGUCACCCAGGAUCAGCCGGGCACCUUCACUUUGAGCCUUGACCUUGCCUCGGCAUCAUCACCCAUUGACGUCACAAGUACACAAACAAUCGUCUUUGUCCUCCCACCACGGGGGGAAAUCAACAGCAACUCGGAUCAGAUUGAGGUGCAGCUGACGGAAGAGGAUGUGCAAGAUCUGCGGCUGAAGCGGCGCCUUGGCAAAGACCCAAAUAGCACGCACCUGCUGCUCGAAGAUAACGCCAUUGCCGACGUGUUUGGCAAUCCCGUGCUUGAUGCAAAUGCCAUUCGCGUGGCAAACUGGACGGCUGAUUUGACGCCGCCCCGCGUGUCCGAGGCGCUGCUGGAUAUGGAUGCCUCCAUGCUUCACCUGACGUUCAACGAGGUUGUCAACAUCUCCACAAUGCAGCCGCUACUGCUCGGCCUCGUGGACCCAUCCGACAACUUCACGUACGCUCUGCGGGCAGCACGCGUCCACCCUUGGCACGAGAGCACCAGCCGGUACAACCAGACCGUGUCGAUCGUCCUGGGAAGACCCGACACAGACGUCAUCAAAGCGCGACCGUCCCUCGCCACCAGCGCAGCAAAUGCCCUCCUCUUCUCCACGGGCAAGUUUGUGGCAGAUGUUGCUUCCAACGAGAUUGAAAUCAUCUCCCCACCCAGCCCCUUCAACAUCAGCGUCUUCAUUGGCGACGCAACGGCUCCCCGCGUGACCAGCUGGACACUCGACCUUGACACUCGCCGCAUCACCCUCAACAUCUCCGAGGUUGUGCAGCUCAGCACCAUCCAGGCGUCGCGCAUCAGGCUGCUUGCGAGCCCUACCAGUGGCGCCGUUGAUGCAGACACGAAGGUCCUCGAUUCAGCAAGCCUUCUGGUGAACGAGUCGUCCAGCCGCACAUUGGUUGUUUCCUUCGAGGAAGCAGACCGCUUCGACGCCCUCACGCUUGGCAUCUGCGCAUCUGUGAGCACCUGCUACCUCAGCUGGGAGCACGAGUACGUCCGGGCCGCCAUCUCCAUCCCCAUUGGCCGCGACUUUGCCAACAACAUCAUGCGCGAUAUUCCCGCCAACGACCCACUUGCGGUCGCGUCCUGGUCCCCAGACAUCACCGCUCCCGCCAUCCUCAACGUGACGCUCAACAUCAACGCUGGCCAACUUCGCGUCCAGUUCAGCGAAGGCGUCAACCUUACCUCCUUCAACCCGAGCGGCCUGCGUCUCGUUUCACAAUCACUUGCGCCCUCGCCAGCAACACUGCAGUUUGCACCAGCGCUGGAAGGAGUGGUCGCUCAGCCUGCGUUUGACACAAUUGCGUGGACCCUGGCGCUCUCGGACCUGCAUGCGCUGAAGCUUAGCAGGUCGUGUGCGCAGUUGCCAGCCACACCCUGCACACUCGUUUCUGCAGACCCCGGCGCGGCUCUGCCGUCUGCUCUCAUCCAGGACAUGGCGGGACUGGCGCUUCCCCUGUCCACAAACGCCACCGUCUCAGCCAUCACCCCAGAUACCACGCCGCCCGGAGGCUUGGAAGUGCUGACCUGGAACAUGACCUCCGGCAGCGUGGUCCUGCAGGCGGACGAGCCCGUGCGCGCCAAUAACCUCACCAUGGUCCUGGUCACGGACAGCCUUGGCAACUGCCCAUGUGCUGUGGUGUCUGCCAACUUCUCCGCCAGCGACGAAGGCCUCGUGCUCGACGUCAGCCUUGACCCUGACAACUUGAACCUCAUCAAGGCCCAGGAUGGGCUUUGCACCACGCCUGGCAACUGCCACGUUGUGUUGACGGAUGGAGCCGUCGUGGACAUUGCAGGCAACCCCAGCGAAACCACUGUGGCGGAACCCUUGCUUCCCGUCCUGUUCGUGCCAGACGUGGUGCCGCCCGUCUUGCUGAGUGCAUCCGCCAACAUGUCCAGCCUUCGCAUCGGCCUGUCGUUUAACGAGCCAGUACGGCCUUUCCUUGCCGCGGGCUUCACGCUGCUUGGCUGCAGCAACGCCUCCCUAGGGUGCCCGUCUUACACGCUCACAGGUGGCCAAGUUUUCGCCGGGUACCUGGAUGCGACUGUUGUUCUCAGCCAAGAAGAUGCGCUUGAACUCAAGGCCACGCCCGCUCUGUUUGAUGACGCCAGUACGGCGUUCAUCGCCGCCCCUGAGGGCCUGGUCCAGGACAUGGCGGCGCAGCCAAACCAGCUGGUCGUGUCCGCCGUUCAACCUGCGGUGAUAGCGGCAGUGCCAUUCCAGGCAGACCAGCUGCCUCCCCGCGCCGCCUCAGCAGCACUCGACGCCGAGAACAACAAGCUCCAGCUCGUCUUCUCAGAGCCAGUGCGUGGCGUACAGACAUUCACGGCAACACUGUCAAAUCAGUCCUUGUCGCUGCCCCUGCAAUUGCAGUUUGAGGCCGUCGUGGACGCGCUCUCCAUGACCCUUGUCUACGCUUGGACUGAGGACUCUGUUCACCAAAUCAAGGCCGCCUUUGACCUUGCAGAGGGCGACACGACAGCUCGUUUUGACUUGCAGCUGCCACGAGCAGCAGCAAACGACACAGCUGGCAAUGCACUUGCUGCGACUUCAUUGACCAGCAUUGACGUUGUUGCGGAUACGUCCGUGCCCAUCCUCACCAGUGCGACCCUCAACAUGACAUCGGGGUUCCUCAUUGUGGAAGGCACAGAUGUCUUGGGCUUCACCUCAGUCCUGCAGGAGGAGGCGACGCUCCAACUCGGCCAAUACAGCAAACAACUCACCGCCAGCGAUGUCGUCGUCUCAGCAACGUCCACCCACGCAGUCAAGAUGAAGCUGAGUGUGGACACGUUGAACUUCGUCAAGCUGUACCUGAUGGGGGCCGCUGUGCCGAAGCUUCAGACAACCGCAGCUUUCGUGCAGGACUCGUUUGGACGCCCAAUGCCAGCACGCACGCUGUCGGUGGCUGUCGUGGGGCAGGACGUCCGUGCACCAGUGGUCUUUGCGGCCACAUUCGAUCUCUCAGACUUCCAGACCCUCAUCAUCACCACGGACGAGCCAAUUGACCUCCUCAGCAUUGCAGUUGCCAGGGCAACGUUUGUUGUGUUGAACUCAAGCCAAGUCAUUGCGGUCGAGAGCAACGCGUUACCAAUUCGGGUCAACAAGACAACAACACAGUUUUCACUCACUAGGGAAACCGGGUAUGAGAUUGCCCUUGCGCAGCUGAACGGUCAUACCGUCUCAUUGAACCUGAGCGCGGGCACAUUCAACGAUACGGCGAGCAAUGCAAAUGCUGCCCAGGUGGUUCAGUUGCGGCUGUUGCAGGACGCGGUCUCGCCAGUGAUCACGGGAUUUUCCCUCAAUGUGGACAGGGCAAGACUUGAACUGCUCGUGUCGGAGCCGAUCAAUGGCAUGACCGUCGACGUGACGAACAUCACACUGCAGGAGUUCCAAACGAAGCGGCGCCUGGACACGAGCCGGUCGGUGGCACUUCGCGCGCCGACGGCAUCUGUUGUUGGCAGCACGGCAGGCGUGGUGAACCUGACCCGCCUUGUCGUGUCGCUCGGCGCAGACGAUCUCGCAGCGCUCAAGCUGCGGCCCGAGCUGGCCACCUCGCGCAACACCACUUACCUCACCGUCUCCAGCACAGCCUUUGCUGACCUGGAGGGCAACCCCGUGCAGCCCGUUGUGGACGGAAGCGCCCUGCGCGCCUCCACAUUUGCUGGGGACACGGUGGCGCCGGCGCUGGUGGGCCUGGCGGUCGACAUGCAGCAAGGGCAGCUCACGCUGACGUUUGACGAGCCCGUCCUCACCGCUAGCAUCAACGUGACCCGUCUCGUUGUGCAAUCAAACGGCACGCAGGCUGCAAGCACCGCCUUUGCAUCGCACAGGCUGAGCAGCGCCUGCCGCGUGGAGCUUGUGCCGGACGUGGCUGCACUGGGCAACUUUGAGGGCGUGAGUGCAUCGCGGGUGGCGGUGAUCCACCUCGACGUCUCCGACAUGAACAGCAUCAAGGAUGCGGCGCCGCUGCUCUUGAGCGGCGACACAAGCUGGCUGCUGGUGGAGGCCGGCGCCCUCACCGAUACCAGCGACAACGCCGUUGUGGACAGCCACAGCGUGCAGGCACACACGUAUGUCAGCGACACGCGUGCCCCGGCGCUGGUGAGCUUCAGCCUGAGCCUGAACCACGGCGUCAACGGCGGGCUGCUGCAGCUGACAUUCGAUGAAACGGUACAGGCGGCUGCUUUGAAUGUGACCCGCGUUGUCGUGCAAGAUGCUGAUGGUGUCAAUGGCGGUGCAGUGCAGCACACGCGCCAGCUCGUUGCUGGUGAUGUGACGCGACAGAGCCUGACAGCUGUGGACAUUGUGCUUGGUGCUGCCGACCUUGAUGCGCUCAAGGCGACGGAUGGACUCGCAACACCGACAAUUGUGCAGCGUAUUGUCGCUGGCACCACCGCUGACGUGGACGUUGUGAGUACGGACACGUUUGUGCGCCUGCUGGCUGGCGCUGUGUAUGACUGGCAAGGCAACGCCAUCAACGGCACUGCCACACCGCUGCCCAUCACCACAUACACCCAGGAUGAACAAGCUUCAAACGUCGUAAACGUGACAAUUGACUUGCAAAGUCGGGAUGUCACUAUCAGGCUGGACGAAACAAUCGCAACGGCGAUUACUGGGAGCCAGCUGAAGGUGGGAAUUAUGAGCACUGCGACGGGCAAGUACGAUGUGCUGGAGCCGAGCAGCGCCACCAUCGGCAGCGACGGACGAACGGUGACGAUGCCGCUGUAUGACACGGACUUCAACCGGGCAGUGGAGGUGUUGGGGAGGCUGCCGGACAGCAGCGACGUGCGCGUGGGAUUGCCGGAGGGCUUUGUUGUGGACCACAACGACAACGACUUUGCCGCCGCAAACGUGACGGUUGACCGGAUUGUGUUUGAUACGUCGCGCCCCAGCAUCGAGGAGUGCCGGCUGGACAUGAACGGGGAGCUGCAGCUGCGACUGGACGAGCCCGCGUACGGCCGCAGCGUGAACCUGAGCCUGCUCGUGGCGCACAGCGGCGACGCGACCACGGCCAGCCAAGCCGAGGCCGUGGCAGCUGCAGGAUACGCGGUAGUCCCUGUUGGUGUUGGCACGGGCCUGCUGCAGCUUGAAUCGAGCAAGGCAGCAAACAGCACGGGCAUGUGGCUGACGAUUGCGCUGAGCACGGCAGACCUGAACGUGCUCAAGACGGAGGUUGGCGUGUGGACAUCGGUCAACACCAGCGCGGUGAGCGUCGGUGCUGGCUUUGUGGAGGACCUGAACGGCAACCCGUCCCAUGCCGGAACACUUGGGUGUGCUGUGUUUACGGCAGAUAGCGCUGCGCCAUCCCUGGAGCGAUUCACGCUGGAUAUGAACACGUCCACGGUGACCCUCGAGUUUGAUGAGCCUGUGCUGACGGGUAGUGUGCGACUGGAUCGGGUGCGUGUGAGCAGCACCUCUGCAGCAGCGGUCGGGCCUGUGGUGCCUGGCGCCGGUGUUGCUGUGGGCGAGCUCGCUGCGAGCACGGUGGUUCAGAGCGCCCUGCCAACGCAGAUGGUGGUUAUUUCUGUGGACAAGGCGACAGUGGAUGCGCUCAAGGCAUCUGACGAUGUGGCGACCAGCACCAGCAACACGUUUAUUGGGCUCGCAAGUGGGGCUGUGCUCGACACGUUUGGCAACGGGGUCAGUGAGACGCGGCAAGCGGCAGCAGAGGUGCGCGCAGAUGUGACUGCGCCACGGCUGAUGCGGUUUGGCCUUGACCUUGAUGACGCAGAGGUGUAUCUGGUGUUUGACGAGCCUGUGCGGUCGGGCACGUGGAAUGGCAGUCGCGGCGUACUUGCAAGCGCGGGCGUGCUUGGCGGCGCUGGCGUGAGCGAGAAGCUGCUUGCCGAGACGACCGUCGUGAGCAACGGCACGAGCAAGCGGGUGGUUGUUGGGCUUGAGGUGAGCCUGGCGCACGCCAUCAAGGCUGAUCGAGUGCUCGCCACAGCCGUCAACACCACUUUCGUGCAGCUUGUGGCUGGAGCAGUGCAAGAUGCUGCUGGCAACGACAACGCCGUGUCUGGCGUGCUGCGGGCGGAGCAGUUUGUUGACGAUGUAACGGCGCCGCGGGUCGUGCAGGCGCGUGUGAACAUGUCGUCGCUCGAGCUUGCGCUUGUGUUUAGCGAGCCCAUUGCGCCGGAAAGCGUGAACGUGAGCGCAAUUUUCCUGCAGAGCGCGUUUGACGGAAACGGGGCCUCUGUUGCGCUGCGCGGGUCGCAGCUUGUGACAGCCGAUCCGGGCACGGAGAUGGUGGUGCAGGUUGCGGAGGCCGACGCAAACGAGCUGAAGCGGGUUGGUGUUGGGCGCAGUGCCAGCACAACGUUUGUGGUGCUGAGCGCAGCGGCGGCAUGGGACAUGAAUGAGCAGGCCGUUGUGCCGCUUGUGAGCGGGCUGACGGCUCGACAGGUGGAUGCGUUUGUUGCAGACAGCGUGGCGCCACAGGUGCGCAGCGCCGCCCUCAACAUGACCGCAGGCACCCUCACCCUGAGCUUCGACGAGACGGUCCUGGUUAGCAGCGUGAACGUGAGCCACGUGGUGCUGCAGAGCAAGGCAGACGGAACAGCGGCAGACGCCAUUGCGUACCGCCUGCGCGAGGGCGAGAGCACCGUUGUCAGUGCCGGCGACAGCACGGUGGUUGUGAUUGCGCUUGGGCGCGAGGAGCUGGACAGGGUCAAGGCGCUGUACCCGCUUGUGUCGAGCGCAGCCACGUCGUAUGUUGCUGUUGGGCGCGGGGCUGUGGUUGACAUGGCAGCUGUGGGCAACGCUGUGCGCGCUGUUGGCGUGGGAGCGGGGCUUGGCGUGGGCGCCUAUGCGGGUGACGUUGUGCGCCCGGAGCUGACGGCGGUGCGGCUGAACCUGACGAGCGAGGAGCUCUGGCUUGGCUUCAGCGAGACGGUUCGGGUGAGCAGCGUGAAUGUGAGCGGGCUUGUGCUGACUGGCGACGGGACGAGUGCGCACGCUGUGCGGCUUGGGCGUGCGGGGACGCGCGUUGUUGGCGUUGCUGGCGACGCGUCGACGAGCGUUGUUGUUGAGCUUGGGCACGGCGACCUUGAGGCGGUGAAGGUUGACGCUGCGCUGUGUGUGAGUGCGGCGACGACGCGCGUGGGUGUUGAUGGUGGAAGCGUGCGGGACAUGUUUGGGAACGGGAUAGCUGGGGUGCCGCUUGGGCGCGCGGUUGCUGCUGAUAGCGGUGCGGGUGCGUUCUACGGCGACUUUGUGCGGCCGGAGCUUGUCAGCUUCAACGUGAGCAUGGACGGCGCAGGCCUCAUCUCCCUCUCCUUCUCAGAGCCCGUGAAUGCAUCGACCUUCCAUGUGUCUCAGCUUGUGCUGCAGUCUUCUGCCAGCUCUAGCGCUCUUUCACAUACGCUUCAGACGGGGAGCAUUCUACCAUUCAGCACAACCACUGUCGCGACCCCUGUGCUGCACAUUGUCCCUUCCGUCGAAGACCUGGAUCAGUUGAAGUUUCUUGCCACGCCUGGUCUUGUCGUGUCAUCGUCGACCACCUUCCUUUCCUUUUCAGCAAGUCUUGUCGCCGACAUGAACUCCAAUUCCAUCGUUCCUGUAUCGUCGGCAGCAGCUGCAGCAGUGGCCAGUUUCGUUGAUGAUGCGACUGUGCCGGAACUUGUCAGCUUCGACUUGGACAUCAGUCUGGAGGACCAGAGUGGUGUUAUCUCCUUCACGUUCUCGGAAGUUGUUCAUGCAGCCACCUUGGAUAUUGAAGGGGCGACGCUGCAAAACAUGCGUGAUGGUACCGCUGCUGGUGCUGUGUCCUAUCGGCUCUCCUGGGGCGGCCCAGACAGCCUUCUCCGCGACACAUUUACGGUUGGCUCCACGUUCAAUUCCACGAUUGUGCGGGUGAACAUGUCCGUGCACGACAUCAACAGCAUCAAGGAACUUGCCGCCCUUGCCACUGAUGCCAGCUCCACAUACCUCAGUGUUGAUUCCACCUUAAUGAAAGACAUGCGGGGGUUUGGUUUGCAAGCAAUUACGCCUGCGGCUGCACAGCAAGUGGCUACGUACGUGGCGGAUGCUGUUCCGCCCACCGUGCUGCAAGCAAGCGUGGACAUGAAUCUUGGCAGACUGCACCUGACGUUUGAUGAGCCUGUGAACCGGAGCACCCUGCUGGUUGAUCACAUCAUGCUCCAGGACAUGGCGACUUCGGCGAAUGCCACCGUCUUUUCCCUUGUUGGCACCGGCGGUUCUAGCACUGUGCCUGUCUACCUUGGACAGGAAGAGCUCAGCGGCGGCACCACGAGUUUUGGAUACGGUACAACGCUGUCUGUUGCCUUGACCAUCGUGGACCUGAAUGCGGUGAAGCGUCUCUCCAUCUGCCUCGUUGGGUCCACAGACUGCUACUUGAGGUUUGGCAACGGGCUCGUGAGGGACAUGGCAUCAUUUCAGUUUCAAGAUGGCGCGAGCGUGCUGCUACAGCCAUUUGUGUACAUCCCCGACACCACGGCGCCUCAGCUUCUCCGCUUCUUCUCCUACAACAUGAGCUCUGGCACGCUGGAGCUUCAUUUUGACGAGCCAGUGGUGCUGUCGACAUUCAACGCCACAGCGCUGGAGCUUCACGACAACUUCCGCGACAGGUCCAGUGACUUCUUGUCUGUGCCGCUGGUGAAGGUUGGGACGGCUGCGGCCUCGAUCCGCCACGUGUCUGCCGACCAGACGUGGGUGCAGAUCACGCCCUCUGUGCCGGACGUGAACCACGUCAAGCAGGAGGAGACGCUGUGUGAGCUGAUUUCCCAGUGCUGGGUGCGCUUUUCACCCCUGUUGAUUGAAGACGUGUUUGGCAACCGGGUGGACCCAGCUCUGCAGGACGUGUUUGAUGACGCGGACCAGGCGCUGCAGCUCUUCGCCGACGUGCAGCACCCGUAUGUUUGGGACAUUACGGUUGACAUGAACGCCACCUCCAUCACCGUGUUCUUCGACGAGGUGGUUCGGUUUUCCACGCUGAACCCAAGGACCCUCACCUUCCACUCCAGCGCAGCCAAUCCAGAGCAGAGCGUGAAGGUGACUGGCGGGACUGUGCUCACCACAGAGAAUGAGGCACAGGUGGCACUGCGGUUCAACGCCGCCAACGUGCGCUUGCUCCAGAACAACACGCGGUUGUGUACGAGCAUCAACGACUGCUUCGUUGAGUUUGCAGCGUCGCCCAUCUCGGACAUGUACGGCAACGAGCUGCCAGCUCAGACAGUGCAGGUCAGCAAGUAUGUGCGCGACGCCAUCGCGCCCGAGCUUCUUUCUUUUGCCGUGGACAUGCAAACGGGGCGCGUGCACCUCACCUUUAACGAGGCGGUGAAUGUGACCACGCUGGAUCUGACACAGAUUACGUGGCAGUCUGGCGCAGACGGUGCAUCUGCGGACACCUACACCCAGACGGGCGGCAGCGUCCUGUGGCAGAGCCUUGAUCUCCGCCAAAUCUUGUACGAGUGGUCACUGGUGGACAAGCGGGCGAUCAAGCUCGCACCCGAGAUUGCUUUCUCGAGGGCUAAGACAUUCAUGUCUGUGACUGCACAGGUCAUUCGCGACGUCAGCGGCAACCUGGCAGCCCCCAUCCAGAGCAGCUCUGCACUUCAGGCGACCUCGUAUGCAUUUGACGGCUUGUUUGUGGGCGUCGACUCGUUCGCCCUCAACAUGAACUUUACGGAGACGCGCGCGAGCAUGCACCUGUUUUUCAAUGACUACACUGAGAUGACGCUGCAGAACACCAGCAACGCUGACGCCGCGCUGACAGAGGUACCACACCGGCAGCUCACCGGGGGAUACUCCGAGAGCAUUGACGGGUACGACUUUGAGUUUGUGCUGACAAAGGCUGACACGGACAAGCUGAAGCAGCUGCGCGGGCUGGCGGAGAACGUGAACACAACCUUUUUGUGGUUCACGUUGCGCAUAUCGACAGACGAGCGUGGGCUGCAGAUUGAACCCAUUCCUUCCACCUCGGCACUGCAAGUCAGUGAUUAUGUGCCCGACAUGACGUCGCCACACCUGCUGUCAUUUGAACUGGACGUGGAUCAGGGUCUGCUUCGCUUCACCUUUUCCGAGGUGAUUGAGGCGCUGUCAUACGUGCCCGGAACGGUGACCCUGCACUCGCACAACACCAGCGUUGCAGGUAGCAGUCGCAGCAGCUUCACGUUCACGCAGGGUGCGCAAACGCAGCGCCGCAGCACCGUGUUUGAAUUGACCUUCCCCACAUAUCUGACGGACGCCUCGAGUGACUGGAACAAGCUGAAGCUGGACACGCAACUUGCUGUCUCGCCAGACACUUGCUACCUGACCAUCUCCUCGCAGAUGAUGCAGGACACGGCCGGAAAUCCGGUCGUGCCUGUCACGCUCGAGCAGGGAAUGCUUCCCACAAACUUCACGCAGGACACGACGCCUCCUGAGUUGGUUGCGUACAGCCUGAACAUGACGAGUGGCCAUCUGUCCCUGACCUUUUCUGAGACCAUGCGUGCGGACACCAUGAACACGUCCCUGCUCACGUUGCAGACGGCAGCCUCAGCCUCGCCCAUCGCUGCAUACACACUUCGGGCAGCCACAUCAACGCAGCUGGACGACACCGUUAUUGGCGUGGCGCUUGGUGUUGAGGAUCUGAAUGCCAUCAAGGCCUUGGCGUUCCUGGCAAAGGCGCGCAAGUACGUGUAUCUGAGUUUCCCGGAGAACCUCGUCUCCGACAUGACGCUGUUGGAUGAGGAGUUUGUGCCGGUACAGGAUCCCCUGCGUCGCAUCAACAAAGUCACCCCGCGUUCGCCGGCCAACGCGAUGCCAGUGAACGUGUACGUCAGGGACUCUCGUGUGCCCUUGGUGGUUGAAGCCAACUUGAACGUGAACACAAGCGUGCUGCAACUGCAGUUUGACGAAACCGUUGACGCAGGAAGCCUUAUUGUCACAGACCUGCAACUGCUUGUUUUCGGGCCACAGCCGCCACACAACGAGUCGUGGUGGUGGUGGUUCAACACGGUGAACAACGCUGGUGUGAACCAGUACGGUGCCAUCGUGGGCCCCGCUGCCGAAGACUUCAACGGGACGCGCGUGUCACCAGCCACGCUCAUCAACGGCGGGGAGGUAUCCUCUGACAACCACACUGUGGUCUACGUUGAUUUGCUCUGGAGGGAUGCCAACCGCCUCAAGAAACACGCUGAACGUGGCGGAUUCCCGGGCCCUGUCGCCAUUGUCGCUGCAGGCGCAUUCGUUCACGAUGUGUUUGCCAACCCGGCACCUGCGACGGCCAUCCAGUUUGCGACUGUUACCGCGGACACGGUGCCCCCUGAGAUACAGGACUUUGUGCUGAACCUGGACAACAACACACUCACCCUCACGUUUACGGAAGCGAUUGCCAGCGCCGCCCUGAAUGUGUCUGGCAUCCGCCUCCUUGACGCACCGGAUUGUGGAGCUGGUGGCGUUGACUGCCGUGCCACACGUCGCCUGCGUGGCGGGUCAGUCGUGAACUUGGACAUGCACGUCCUUCGCGUGCACAUGCUUCAGGAAGAUGUGGAUGCCGUCACCCAAAGUAUCACGUUGGCUGUUGGUCGCCCCAGCACGUUCUUGGCAAUGGACGCGGCCAGCGUGGCAGACUACUUUGGCAACGAGUUGGUGGGCAUUUCCGAUCGAGCCGGGUUCCCGUGCACCUCAUAUGUGCAGGAUGCCGUGCGGCCCCGCCUCACCUCAUUCGCCUUGAACGUUUCGUCGGCUCAAGUGACGCUGUUCUUUGACGAGACGGUGCACGCGCUUUCGCUCGACCCGACGCACAUCUACAUCGGCAACACCUUUGAUGAGCUUCUUGAUCUCGGCAGUCCUGCGUUUGUGGUCUCGGACAACAACACGUUCAUUCAGCUGCAGAUGGAGGCCGACUGGCUGAACAGCCUUCGUGCUCUGCUGCCACCUGAACCCCAGGUGUCCGACAUUGUGUUGGCUGCUGACGCUGGUGCUGUGCUGGAUAUGAGCGGAAACGCUCUACAGGCCAUUGACCGAGCAGACCCGCUGGUAUGCGACCUGUACACCGUUGACACAAAGCCCCCGGUCCUGCUCGGCGCCACGCUUCACCUGGACGCCAGCUUCCUUGUGCUCACCUUUGAUGAGGUCGUCAAUCCGCAGCUGACAAACCUGUCGGGUGUGUUGUUGCAGCGGGAGGCAUGGAACAUGUCCACGUCCCUCUCCCGUUCCCAAGUCACCACAACUGUGCUGUCAACCACACUCAACAUUUCCCUGAGCACGCCUGACCUGGAUGACGUGAAGCUCCUGCGCUUCCGCAGUGCCACGGAUGUCACCGUUGUUUGUCUGGAGAUGUCCAUCACCGAUGCCAGCGGCAACGACAUUGUGCCAACCGCAGUGCUGCCCUUGUCCACGCUCUUCCCAGACACACAAAGCCCACUGCUGCUGUCAGCAUCCCUAGAUCUGACCGACGAAGUGCUUCGCCUGACGUUUGACGAGAUUGUUCGUGCCGACACCUUGAAGGUUGAACGCAUUGCGUUGCAAUCGGAACAGGCGAUGGCACAGGCCCCGGUGUCGCUGACACUGGACUCCACGUCCAGCCAAACCGACAGCCCCAUUUUGCAGGUGAACCUUGGCCUGAACGACCUCAAUUUGCUCAAGGAAGAGGCCAGCGUGUGCAGGGUUGGAGACGGUGAUUGUCAGGUGGUCUUGCUCGGAGCCGCGGUUCUUGACCAAGUGGACACUCCAAACGGUCGCACCAACUUGACCAUCGACGAGUUUGUUGGCGACAGAACACGACCACAGGUCCAGAGUUUCGUCCUUGACAUGACAGCACAGCAGCUCUUCUUGUCCUUCUCAGAGACUGUCAACGGAAGCAGCUUGAAUCCAGGCGCGAUUCACUUCUCCACGUCCCUGCCACCACAGCUGAACGAGUCAUACACCCUGACUGGGGGAUCCGUGGUUGCAAACUCUGCCGGGAACCUCGUCAUGAACCUGACAGAUACAGACGCGUUUGAGCUGCAGCGCCGACCCGGGAUGAUCCGCGACAACGGCACCCUCUAUCUGACGUCGCGCGUGGAGCCCGUUGUUAUGCAGAACGCGGGCUUUGAAAGCCCCGGCGAUGACUUUGCCCCCGCCAACCACUGGUCAUUCUCCAGUGCACCCACGACCAUGCGCAACAGCAUCAGAGGUGGGUGCUGCCAGGCCUCUGCGUUUCCACAGACACCUUUCGGUGAUGCCUUCGCCUUCCUCUCUGGCGCCGAACCAGGGGCCUCACUCACACAGGGGCUGAGCUGGACAGUUCAGGCGGGCGUGUAUGCGUUUGAGUUCUACACCGCACGCGGGUACCGCAUUGACGCCGAAGAAUUCACGGGGCUAAAUGCCAGCCUUGCGACCAAUAAAACCUUGCUGCAGUCUUGGGCGGUGGAGGAAGCGUGCUGCAUUACCGGCUCCUGGAGCCAAGUGUACCGGGAGUUUGAGGUGUCCACAGCAAUGGCGGCCAGCGGCGAAAACAUGCGUAUCACGUUCAGCAAGAAUGAGACGGGGCGCGUGGCCAUCGACAACGUGCAGCUGCGCUACUAUGGAGGAAAGAUGAUCGAUGACAUGGCCGGGAACCGAGCGGAGAUUGUGACGCAGCGUGUGCCCUUGCGUGCCGCGGAGGUGGUGGGCGAUGUGAACAGACCGCGCCUCACGUUCGCCAAGUUUGAUGCUCGUCUCGGAAGAGUGACGCUGAACUUUUCUGAGCCCAUCGACCCACUCUCUGUGCACCCUUCAGAACUCACACUCUCUACGACAAUUGCUGCAGCAACGAGUCUCUCGCUUGUCAACAGCAACUUCAGUGUCUCACAGGACCAAUUUGAGGUCACUCUCUUCACCACAGACGAUGAGCUGAACGAGCUCAAACGCCUUCGAAUCGGACGCACUCAAGGUGCAACCGUUGUCAUUGCGUCGGAUCGCCUGGUUCGCGACACAAGUGGCAGGCCUGUUGUGCCGCUUGUGAGCGGGCUGACGGCUCGACAGGUGGAUGCGUUUGUUGCAGACAGCGUGGCGCCACAGGUGCGCAGCGCCGCCCUCAACAUGACCGCAGGCACCCUCACCCUGAGCUUCGACGAGACGGUCCUGGUGAGCAGCGUGAACGUGAGCCACGUGGUGCUGCAGAGCAAGGCAGACGGAACAGCGGCAGACGCCAUUGCGUACCGCCUGCGCGAGGGCGAGAGCACCGUUGUCAGUGCCGGCGACAGCACGGUGGUUGUGAUUGCGCUUGGGCGCGAGGAGCUGGACAGGGUCAAGGCGCUGUACCCGCUUGUGUCGAGCGCAGCCACGUCGUAUGUUGCUGUUGGGCGCGGGGCUGUGGUUGACAUGGCAGCUGUGGGCAACGCUGUGCGCGCUGUUGGCGUGGGAGCGGGGCUUGGCGUGGGCGCCUAUGCGGGUGACGUUGUGCGCCCGGAGCUGACGGCGGUGCGGCUGAACCUGACGAGCGAGGAGCUCUGGCUUGGCUUCAGCGAGACGGUUCGGGUGAGCAGCGUGAAUGUGAGCGGGCUUGUGCUGACUGGCGACGGGACGAGUGCGCACGCUGUGCGGCUUGGGCGUGCGGGGACGCGCGUUGUUGGCGUUGCUGGCGACGCGUCGACGAGCGUUGUUGUUGAGCUUGGGCACGGCGACCUUGAGGCGGUGAAGGUUGACGCUGCGCUGUGUGUGAGUGCGGCGACGACGCGCGUGGGUGUUGAUGGUGGAAGCGUGCGGGACAUGUUUGGGAACGGGAUAGCUGGGGUGCCGCUUGGGCGCGCGGUUGCUGCUGAUAGCGGUGCGGGUGCGUUCUACGGCGACUUUGUGCGGCCGGAGCUUGUCAGCUUCAACGUGAGCAUGGACGGCGCAGGCCUCAUCUCCCUCUCCUUCUCAGAACCCGUGGACACGUCGUCUUUGAUGCCAGGCCAAUGCGCUGUGUACUUUGACACCGCAAACUCAGCUUCAGCCAAGGAUCUGGGCGACAUCUCUUGCUCCUUCGCAAACACCGCUGGUACCCAAGCGUCCUGCACCCUGCCGGCAUCGCUUCUUGACGACUUGAAGCUGUUGCAGCGUGGGAUGCACAGCCGCGCAUACCUGUCAUGUGCAAGUGACUUUGUGACGGAUCUCAAUCACAACGGCGCUUCCGCCGUCGUGUUUGUGUCGACAUCCAUGGCGUUUGAUCAGACACACCCGACACUGGUCACUGCUUCUCUUGAUUUGAGUGCGAGGCAAGUGGUCUUGGAGUUUGACGAGCCCGUGCUUGUGAACUUAUUGGACUCGAGCGCCGAAGUGCAAGUGAAUCAACAGCGGACACAGCUCAGCGGCGUCCCAUUUGUUCGUGCUUCAAACCCUCGCGCUGUUGCGGUCAAUCUGACAUCACCCGAGUUCAACGCCGUAUCUGCACAGCUGCAGGCUUCUGCAAAUCAAACCUUCUUCAUCAUCCUGGUAUCCUACGUUGUGGACUUUGAGCAGAACGAACUGCAAGUGACAAAUGCAACCAUCGACCAAGUCAGCUCAGAUGUUCGCCGCCCACGGGUUGUUGGUGCGGAGUUCAACAUCGAGGCCUUCACGCUGACACUUGAUUUUAGUGAAGUCGUGGAUCCUGUCACGCUCAACGUGUCAGAGAUUACAAUCGCAGACGCUCACGAGAUGCAGCAGUUGGUGCCAAAUAAUGUUACGACUGAGAGAGCGACCAGCAUUGUUCUGCCCAUCUCCGCUUCUCUUAUCGAGCCCAUCAAGUCACAGGCGCUUUGCCGAAACACAUCGGCCUGCCUAGUCUCAGUCGCUGCUGGGGCGAUUUCAGAUCCCUCAGGCAAUGCUGUUGUUCCGCGCACGCUGGCCCCGGUCGUGAUCGCUGACAGCACACCACCUGAGUUGUUGCAAGUUCGACUGCUAAACCGCACGUCGGGCGUGAUUGAAUUGCUGUUCUCGGAGCCCGUGCAGGCAGCAUCUGUCAACAGCUCUCGACUGACCUUUGCUUCGUUUUAUCGCACACCAGAUGUUGAACUCGGGGGGCUAGAGUUGUACCCCACCUCGCCUGCCACAAUCAGCAGCGUGCUUGUCCUUGCCUUGGGACCACGCACCCUCAGCCGCCUUCUCGACGAGACACGCCUGUGCAGAACUCAAAAUCUGUGCUGGAUCAACCUUGUGCGAGGGUUUGUGUUAGAUGCCUACGACAACCCGAGCUUAGUGCCCAUGGGCAUGUUUCCCGAAGUUCUCGUUGCCAAGAGCUCGCCUCCCACGCUGGUCAGCUUUGAUCUCAGCGUCAACGACGCGCGGUUGGCACUGACGUUCUCCGCACCCAUCGAACCAUCCUCGCUGCUUGCACCACAGCAGUUUGUGAUUUUCAACACUGGUGACUAUGUGGCUCGCAGCAAUGUGAGCUUGGUCGUGCAGCACCCUGUGAAGGUCGGUAUCGCAACGGAUGGCUCUGUCUCAUUCAACCUCAGCAUUAUCCCAGACUCCAUCCAAGCCAUGCAGCUCAGUCGUAUAGGUCUCACGAAUGCCUCGUCCUUGAGCUGCCGUACCCCUGCUGUUGUCGAUGAGGAGCUAACACCAAAUACCAUGGUUCCCGUGUACAGCCUUGACGUGCGCCAUUUCACGGGAGACGCGACCGUACCGGAGGUCGACGCAAUCUAUCUCCGUCUCAGCACAGACUCCCUGGAGCUCGUCAUGGCUGAGCCUGUGUUAACUAUUCCGAGUGCGCUUGCCAUCUCCGCAGUAUCCCUUGCAGCGGAGCAACAAGGCGAGUUGGUGUUGGCAAACCACAGCAUCACUGCCAUCAAGCAGACUGACUUCGGGUUCGUCUACUCCUUCACACUCCAGGAAGCGAAUCUGUUGAGACGGUGGGUCUUUCAGGCCAAGCUCAGGCCAAUUCAGUGUCGCAUUCUUGCAGGCGCACUGGUGGACGUCAGCUCAAAUCCAGUCCAAACGACAACGCUCACAGUGAUUAUUGAGCCCGACACGGUUUCGCCCAGCUUGGUCGAGUUUGAGAUGGACCUGAAUACUCAACAAGUCACCCUUCGCUUCUCUGAAGCACUCAAUACCAGCACGAUUCGACCUGACCAGUUGACGCUGAUUAACGGCGCCGUCGAGGUGUCGCUGACAAACAGCGUUGUUGUGGCUGCUGCCAAUGAGUCGCUCGUUGUGCAGUUGACACAUUUCGAGUUUGUCAAGCUCGUCACCCAGCGCGUCGCCGUCUCCUUAGACUCUUCGUUUGUAUCGCUCACGCCUGAUUUUGCAAAGGGACUGGAUGGGAACCAGGUGUCGCGUGUGUCCGCACUGAGGCCGCAGCCGGCAGUGUUGUUUGUCCCAGAUACCACCAAUCCCCGCCUCAUCUCUGCCCACCUGCGACGUAACGAUGCUGUGCUUGAGUUGCAUGUUAGUGAGCCACUACAAACGUUGCCAUCGGGACUCACGCUCGCUCUUGGAGGCCGGAAGGCGACGCAGAACCCAUGUCAGAGUGGCAUGCGCCAGAACAACGUGACCCACUUUGAGUGCGACCUCAACAUUGAGGCAUUUGCAGAGUUGCAGGCGGCAAUCUUGGUGCGUGGGCUCACGCCCAACAUCACGCUGGCCGCCAACAACUUGGAUAUGGCCGGUAAUGCAUUCGAUAACGUCACAGCCGUUGCAAUUGCAGCAGGCCCUGAUACCACUGGGCCAGGCAUUGUGGGAUUUGACGUGGAUUUCGUCAAGGAACAACUGACGCUUCAUUUGAAUGAACCAGUCGCGGCGCCUGCGUCAUUGCAAGGGCUUCGUUUACAGCACCAUCCAACACGUACGCGCCUGGACACGAGCCGGUCGGUGGCACUUCGCGCGCCGACGGCAUCUGUUGUUGGCAGCACGGCAGGCGUGGUGAACCUGACCCGCCUUGUCGUGUCGCUCGGCGCAGACGAUCUCGCAGCGCUCAAGCUGCGGCCCGAGCUGGCCACCUCGCGCAACACCACUUACCUCACCGUCUCCAGCACAGCCUUUGCUGACCUGGAGGGCAACCCCGUGCAGCCCGUUGUGGACGGAAGCGCCCUGCGCGCCUCCACAUUUGCUGGGGACACGGUGGCGCCGGCGCUGGUGGGCCUGGCGGUCGACAUGCAGCAAGGGCAGCUCACGCUGACGUUUGACGAGCCCGUCCUCACCGCUAGCAUCAACGUGACCCGUCUCGUUGUGCAAUCAAACGGCACGCAGGCUGCAAGCACCGCCUUUGCAUCGCACAGGCUGAGCAGCGCCUGCCGCGUGGAGCUUGUGCCGGACGUGGCUGCACUGGGCAACUUUGAGGGCGUGAGUGCAUCGCGGGUGGCGGUGAUCCACCUCGACGUCUCCGACAUGAACAGCAUCAAGGAUGCGGCGCCGCUGCUCUUGAGCGGCGACACAAGCUGGCUGCUGGUGGAGGCCGGCGCCCUCACCGAUACCAGCGACAACGCCGUUGUGGACAGCCACAGCGUGCAGGCACACACGUAUGUCAGCGACACGCGUGCCCCGGCGCUGGUGAGCUUCAGCCUGAGCCUGAACCACGGCGUCAACGGCGGGCUGCUGCAGCUGACAUUUGACGAAACAGUGCAGGCGGCUGCUUUGAAUGUGACCCGCGUUGUCGUGCAGGACGCUGAUGGUGUCAAUGGCGGUGCAGUGCAGCACACGCGCCAGCUCGUUGCUGGUGAUGUGACGCGACAGAGCCUGACAGCUGUGGACAUUGUGCUUGAUAGCGCUGCGCCAUCCCAGGAGCGAUUCACGCUGGAUAUGAACACGUCCACGGUGACCCUCGAGUUUGAUGAGCCUGUGCUGACGGGUAGUGUGCGACUGGAUCGGGUGCGUGUGAGCAGCACCUCUGCAGCAGCGGUCGGGCCUGUGGUGCCUGGCGCCGGUGUUGCUGUGGGCGAGCUCGCUGCGAGCACGGUGGUUCAGAGCGCCCUGCCAACGCAGAUGGUGGUUAUUUCUGUGGACAAGGCGACAGUGGAUGCGCUCAAGGCAUCUGACGAUGUGGCGACCAGCACCAGCAACACGUUUAUUGGGCUCGCAAGUGGGGCUGUGCUCGACACGUUUGGCAACGGGGUCAGUGAGACGCGGCAAGCGGCAGCAGAGGUGCGCGCAGAUGUGACUGCGCCACGGCUGAUGCGGUUUGGCCUUGACCUUGAUGACGCAGAGGUGUAUCUGGUGUUUGACGAGCCUGUGCGGUCGGGCACGUGGAAUGGCAGUCGCGGCGUACUUGCAAGCGCGGGCGUGCUUGGCGGCGCUGGCGUGAGCGAGAAGCUGCUUGCCGAGACGACCGUCGUGAGCAACGGCACGAGCAAGCGGGUGGUUGUUGGGCUUGAGGUGAGCCUGGCGCACGCCAUCAAGGCUGAUCGAGUGCUCGCCACAGCCGUCAACACCACUUUCGUGCAGCUUGUGGCUGGAGCAGUGCAAGAUGCUGCUGGCAACGACAACGCCGUGUCUGGCGUGCUGCGGGCGGAGCAGUUUGUUGACGAUGUAACGGCGCCGCGGGUCGUGCAGGCGCGUGUGAACAUGUCGUCGCUCGAGCUUGCGCUUGUGUUUAGCGAGCCCAUUGCGCCGGAAAGCGUGAACGUGAGCGCAAUUUUCCUGCAGAGCGCGUUUGACGGAAACGGGGCCUCUGUUGCGCUGCGCGGGUCGCAGCUUGUGACAGCCGAUCCGGGCACGGAGAUGGUGGUGCAGGUUGCGGAGGCCGACGCAAACGAGCUGAAGCGGGUUGGUGUUGGGCGCAGUGCCAGCACAACGUUUGUGGUGCUGAGCGCAGCGGCGGCAUGGGACAUGAAUGAGCAGGCCGUUGUGCCGCUUGUGAGCGGGCUGACGGCUCGACAGGUGGAUGCGUUUGUUGCAGACAGCGUGGCGCCACAGGUGCGCAGCGCCGCCCUCAACAUGACCGCAGGCACCCUCACCCUGAGCUUCGACGAGACGGUCCUGGUGAGCAGCGUGAACGUGAGCCACGUGGUGCUGCAGAGCAAGGCAGACGGAACAGCGGCAGACGCCAUUGCGUACCGCCUGCGCGAGGGCGAGAGCACCGUUGUCAGUGCCGGCGACAGCACGGUGGUUGUGAUUGCGCUUGGGCGCGAGGAGCUGGACAGGGUCAAGGCGCUGUACCCGCUUGUGUCGAGCGCAGCCACGUCGUAUGUUGCUGUUGGGCGCGGGGCUGUGGUUGACAUGGCAGCUGUGGGCAACGCUGUGCGCGCUGUUGGCGUGGGAGCGGGGCUUGGCGUGGGCGCCUAUGCGGGUGACGUUGUGCGCCCGGAGCUGACGGCGGUGCGGCUGAACCUGACGAGCGAGGAGCUCUGGCUUGGCUUCAGCGAGACGGUUCGGGUGAGCAGCGUGAAUGUGAGCGGGCUUGUGCUGACUGGCGACGGGACGAGUGCGCACGCUGUGCGGCUUGGGCGUGCGGGGACGCGCGUUGUUGGCGUUGCUGGCGACGCGUCGACGAGCGUUGUUGUUGAGCUUGGGCACGGCGACCUUGAGGCGGUGAAGGUUGACGCUGCGCUGUGUGUGAGUGCGGCGACGACGCGCGUGGGUGUUGAUGGUGGAAGCGUGCGGGACAUGUUUGGGAACGGGAUAGCUGGGGUGCCGCUUGGGCGCGCGGUUGCUGCUGAUAGCGGUGCGGGUGCGUUCUACGGCGACUUUGUGCGGCCGGAGCUUGUCAGCUUCAACGUGAGCAUGGACGGCGCAGGCCUCAUCUCCCUCUCCUUCUCAGAGCCCGUGAAUGCAUCGACCUUUGAUGCGACAUCGUUCUUGCUUCAAAACGGUGUGCGUAACGCGUCGUUUAACAACCACGGUGUGCGCAACCCUUCGUCGUUUGCUCUUACCCCUUCGAUAACGUACACCUUCUCCAGCGAUGAGCGCGACGACCUUGCUCGUCUGCUUUACUCUGGCAACAUGCCACUGGUGCUGGUGACGCUGCCAUCAACUGUUCGUGAUGCCAAUUCGAACGCUCUUUUUCCAGCUUCGCUGUCUGUCGAUUUAUUCGUUCCAGACGUUACACCACCAGUGCUGCUGUCUGCGCUUCUUGAUGCAAACCCGGAAGAGACGCUUACUCUCUCCUUCAACGAGGUUGUUGACGGGCACACGCUGAACGUGACCGGUUUUGAACUUACCCGCAGUGGCGAUGCGACGAGUCCUUCCAUUCCACUCGAUGGGCACGGUGCUGUUGUCAACGCGUCCCUCCAACGUGCAAUUACGCUUCAGCUUACCUUUAAUGACCGCCUUGCCUUGAAGAGUGACGGUGUUCUUGCCCCUGGGACGUCGCUGAGUGUUGUAGUUCGGUCUGGUGCUGUCGUUGACGCCGCCGGGGCCAACUCCAUCCAGCCUGCGUCGUUGGCGGUGACUGUGGACGUGGAUGUGACCCCACCCCGCCUCAUCAGUGCAACGUUGAACAUGACAGCCAGGGUUUUGUCAUUGACCUUUGACGAUGUUGUUGUGGAUGACACCUUGAACACGACCGCGCUGGUCUUGAGCUCCAGACGCCCAGAGCCUGCCCUGCCCCAAGUGAACCUGGCCUCCUGCGCUGUUGUGCCAGAUACCAGCAGGGACAACACUGCGGUUGUUGCUUUGAGCAAGAACGUGUUUGACACGCUCGGUCUGUAUCCUGGCCUUUGCGGGACAACGACGGCUGGGGUGGCGGACUGCGUGCUUGUGGCUACGCCAUUUGUCGACGACAGCUUUGGGAACACCAACGAAGCUGCUGUUGCCAACCUGAGCAUCAUCGCCGAUGCGGUUGCCCCAGUGCUGGUGGAUGCAUCCAUCAAUAUGUCAACGGGUGGUGUGUCUCUUCGCUUCUCCGAACCCGUGUACUUGCCUUCGUUGGCCGUUGGUCUGCUGACGAUGGCGUCGAGUGAUGGUAUUCUGCAUUCACUAGAGAACGCCACGGUACAAACCGGCUCAUCCAACUUCAGCCUCGCUGCCUCGCUGGUCCUGCCAGUGACAGAACUGAACGCUCUUCGGGCCAUGUUGUUUGAGCACGCAGCGUGGCACACGCUAGCCGUGGCGUUCAGCGCUGUUGCCGAUGCAUCUGGCGUGCCCAUCCAGUCGCAGACCGUGGCACUGGCUGUCACACCUGACGUUGUCGCGCCCACUGUGGUUGAGUUCUGGAUUGACUUGAGCGCAGGGGUGUUGGUUGCUGUGUUCGAUGAACCUGUGAACGCCAGCACACUGCAGAUUGCAGACGUCGAGCUGAUUCUUGGGGCAAGCUGGGCCAGCAGUCCCAUUGGCCUGGACGGCGGUCGCCUUGUUGACGCUGCGGAUGGAUGGGCACUUCCGCUGCACUCGGCCGGUGUUGUGCUGUCUCAAACCACGCUGAACGCGCUGAAGCUGGACCUCCUUUCCACGCAAGCCAACACCACGCGCGUGCGGCUUGCUCAAGGUGCAAUUGAGGAUCUGGCAUUGCAGCCAAAUGGCAACGCGGCCUCAGCCACCCCACUUUCGCUGCAGGUACGCGUGUCAGACACCGUUGAGCCCGAGCUGGUCGCCUUUGACGUUGACUUCAACACGGGCUUGAUGCUGACGUUCGACGAGCCCGUGUCGGUACCUGAUGGUAGCGCUUUUGCCCUCACCCUGGUAAGUGCACCGAGCGCUGGUGCGGCCCGCCUCGACGUUGUGUUGGCGGCCCAGCUUGUGGUGGGCAGCGGCCCCUUGCGUCGCCGCGUCGUGCGCUUGAACUUCACGCAGGAUGUGCAGUUUGCACUGCAGCGGGAGGAGGCGCUGUAUGUCUCACUCGCCACGGCAUGGAUUUCCCAUGGCGCUUCCGUGUUCCGGGACCUGAGUGGCAAUGGCGGUCUCUCUCGCGCCUCGACGAGUGCGCUGCAAGCAACCAACUUUGUCGCGGACAGGCAGGCGCCUGAGCUGGUGUCUUGGGCCCUGCAAUUUGACACUGGUGUUGUGCACCUGUCCUUUAGCGAGAUUAUGAACGUGACAAGUGUGAGUGUGGUGGAGGCGAUGGUUGCCCGCGAGAAUGGAGCGGCAACGAGCGCCAGCGUCGAGCUCACUGGAGCCGUGGUUCUGAGCACGGUGGACUCGACCAAUGUCACUCUGAGGCUGCCCACGGCGGUGAUGAAUGCGAUGAAGGAAGCGCGCAUCGCCACGAACGCAUCGACAGUUGUGCUCAGCCUUGGCCCCGCAUUCAUUGCUGACCAAGCCGGACUUGCCGUGGUUGCAGCCGCGUAUGUGGAACCAAGGAGCUUUGUGGGUGACACAACGCCUCCUGUGCUUCAAGCGUUCAGCAUCGACCUGACGACCCGCCAACUCGUGAUGACAUUUGACGAGUCUAUUGAGGCGGAGGCGGUCGAUCUUGGGCAGGUGUAUGUGCAUGCAAACACACACGGUGAUAACUGCACGGGCACUGCAUCACCAGCGAGCGCGUGUGUCGCGCUCAACGCUUCCAGUGUGGUUGGCUCCUUCACCACCGAAGUCUUGGUGCAGCUGAGCCAGGAGACGGUGGACGCGCUCAUGUACGCUCACCCAAUUGCCAGCAGCGCCUCGACCACGUGGGUGACUGCGCUUGCCAGUGCGGUUGUGGAUUCGGUCGGAAACCCCACGACGGUGGGGAGCGUGGUUGGCCCUGCAGCAUUGUUCGCGAGGGACACCAUUGCUCCUCAGAUUGUGUCCCAUUCACUGGCACUGGAUCGCACGUACGUGAGCCCGGAGACCGGCGCCGUGGUUGGUGCGGCAAGUCUGCAGCUGGUAUUUGACGAGGUGGUGAACGCCAGCACGCUUGUUAGCGCUGGGUUGCGCCUGGGUCCCGUCAACACCAGUCUUGACGGCGUACGUCUCGACGCUGUCUUUGAGGUCGAGUUGAGGGGAGGUGAGCUGACGAAGUCCUUGGCGCUGGUGAUUCUGAACGCAGAUGCAAAUGAGCUGAAGCUGCUGACGAGUCCGGCGUUUGCUGCAAACACGACGGCGCUGCUCACUGCAGCAGCUGGCUUUGUGCAGGACGUUGCUGGCAACGGGGCGGCGACGUAUGACACGCGGCCAGCAGAUGCUUUCCGAACAGACACAGUUGCACCCGUGCUGCUUGAGUUUACGAUUGACGUUGACGCCGGCGGUAUUGUGACGCUCUCGUUUGACGAGCCAGUUGAUGGAUCGUCCCUGGAGCCCGUGGAGAUGACACUACAGAGCGCAGUGGAGGAUGCAGGGGCGACGUUUACUUUGCGCGGUGGAGAAACCUUGGGCGGAGACGCGUGGAUUGAGACGGUUGACCGCACUGGUUUUGCGCUGCCUUCUUCCACUGUCCUGAGGAUGCGCCUGACCACAAACGACUUGAAUGAGCUGAAGCGACUGGAUGUGUGCACGUCCCAGAACGAUUGCUACCUUGUGCACACGGAAUGGCUGGUUCGCGACUUGGCCGGAAACCAGAUCAUUGCCUGCUCAUGA